AUGAACACCAAUGUCUGCGUGGAGCCCGGGCCGAGCCCGGAGGCCCCGGGCUUACCCAAGGAAAGCCACCUGCCCGAGGGGGCCCUGAACAGCCUUGUGGAUUACAACUCGGAGAUGGAGCGCUACCGCUCUUUUGCCACCUCCUUCUACAAGACCAACGGGGGCGCCUUCCCGCAGGCGGCCAAGAUUGCGCGCAUCACCACCCCCAUCUUCCCCAGCAGCGCCGCCGCUGCCGCGGCCGCCGCACGCAUCGGCAUGUCCCCCUGGAACUGCGACAACGCGGCCACCGCCGCCGCCGCCACCGCCAUGCUCUGGGGCAGCGGCGGGGGCGGGGGCGGCGGAGGGGGCGGGGGCGGCGGCGGAGGGGGCGGUGGGGGCGGUGGGGGCGGAAGGAAAUCCUCCUCCUCCGCCGCCGCCUCCUCCGCCUCCUCCUCGGCGAUCCUCCCCGCCGGCGGCGGUGGCGGUGGCGGCGGCGGCGGCGGCGGCGGCGGCGGCGGCGGCAGCAGGACCAGCAUGCACCACCGAAACGACUCCCAGAGGCUGGGGAAAGCUGGCUGCCCGCCAGAGCCUUCGUUGCAAAUGGCAAAUACUAAUUUCCUCUCCACCUUAUCCCCUGAACACUGCAGACCUUUGGCGGGGGAAUGCAUGAACAAGCUCAAAUGCGGCGCUGCUGAAGCAGAGAUAAUGAAUCUCCCCGAGCGCGUGGGGACUUUUUCCGCUAUCCCGGCUUUAGGGGGCAUCUCAUUACCUCCAGGGGUCAUCGUCAUGACAGCCCUUCACUCCCCCGCAGCAGCCUCAGCAGCCGUCACAGACAGUGCGUUUCAAAUUGCCAAUCUGGCAGACUGCCCUCAGAAUCAUUCCUCCUCCUCCUCGUCCUCCUCAGGGGGAGCUGGCGGGGCCAACCCGGCCAAGAAGAAGAGGAAAAGGUGUGGGGUCUGCGUGCCCUGCAAAAGGCUCAUCAACUGUGGCGUCUGCAGCAGUUGCAGGAACCGCAAAACGGGACACCAGAUCUGCAAAUUUAGAAAAUGUGAAGAGCUAAAGAAAAAACCUGGCACUUCGCUAGAGGUCAGAGGAGAUGAUUUCUUGUUUCCCAGUCUCCCUCCUUCCCUCCUCACUUCCCUUUCCUCUCCCCUUCAGGGCUUCUUGUCUGGCUUCAAGAUGCAGUACCCCUUUUCCGAAGCUUCACUUAGUUUGUAA